GGGGUUUGAACUCAGGGCUUCACACUUGCAAAGUGGGCACUCUACUGCUUGAGCCACACCUCUAGUCCCCUGGUUAGUUUUUUCAAGAUCUUGCAGAGGAUUCUUUACAUCUGUGGCUCUAAUAUAAUGGAACCAACUCUAUCCUGUAGAGGGAGCUCACAUAUGUGAAACACUUGAGAAAACCAAAUUCCAUGAAAUUCUUAUGUCUUCAGGCUGGGAUUGUAGCUUAGCAGUAGCCUGGGCUGAGGCUCUGUGUUCGAUUCCCAGAACUACAUAAAGCAACCUAAUGAAGUCACAGUAAUUCUUAUGUGUUUGCUUCCUAACUCAAAUACCAACAAAACAAAACAAAACAAAACAAAAACCUCCGAGGAAUUGCUUGAUUAUGCAAUAAUUUAUUUAACCCUUCUUUCUAAAAUGGCUUAGUUUACUUCCCUAUCUAUGCACAAAUAAAUAUAGUAAACAUAAGGAAAUCUUUGAUAAUUAUGGGCCUCCAAGUCAUAAUUUGGGUUCUUUCAGAGUGCAUGGAACAAUCUGUACUUUUAUUUUUCCUGUUCAUACUUGGCUGUUCCAUUGGGCCAUCAGCCUUGUAGGUCAUGGACUCGUCAUAUCUAUUUUGUGUCUCUCAGCCUGACUAAGAGAUGCUCAAUAUACAUUUAUCCAAUUUAGCUGCAGUUCUCACUCUAGGAAUAAAAAUAGUUGGAAUGACUACUAAUCUGUAGAAGUUGACAUUUAAAAUAAAUCCCUGGUAACUUGUGUAAUGUGGUUUUCAUUUUUCCUUAUAAGUUUAUUGAAGACAAAAAUUCUGGUUAACUAAGUCCAAUUGUAUGAGGUUUCAGUAAACAGAAGUUUUAGAGUCUGCAACUUAAAUGCUGUUGGGAUAUAAUUGACUUGAGAAAAUAUUGAUACUUUUUUGAUGACUGAAUAAAAAUGUUAAGGGAAUAAUAAUUUAAUAGAAUGAACAAACAACUUUGUGUUUGAAGGUAACAGUAUUGCUCCAUUAAGGUGUGUAUUUUCUUUACGGACAAUGAUACUUGAGAUGAAAAAAGAUCCAAACACUCCUAGCUAGUUGCACAAUAUUAACAAAAUUAAAAAACUCUUCUUAAUCUUGGAGGUGAUCAACCUACAUCCUAAAGUCUAAAAUUUGAUUACCCUCUCUCAGUAGCAGAACCAAAAUAAUUAUGUCAUAACAUUACCCAGAUCAUUGCAAUAACAAAUCUCCAUUAAACACGCUCUACUGAGGUGCAUGUUCUGUUUAUGUCUGGGGCAGAGUGGACCCUCUGUGGUCUCUCAUGCAGCCAAAAAUAUUUAAUAUUCCUGGUUAACCCAUAAUAGACUGGUCAUUCUUGAUCAUAUUGUUCUCAAUGAGUCAAACUAUAUUCUUAAGGUGAUGACUUCCAUACAUCUUCUGUGUAAGAUAAGGUUUUCUUUGCUCCAAAUGUAUGUUCAACCUUAAAAGAAUAUUCUAAGGGCUCAGAAGGGGGACCCUAGAUUUCUGAAUUAGUCCCUAACACCAUUGGCAAUUUUAGCUAAGAUUUUCUGGACUUUCUCUAGCUUCAUAGUAUCUUCCUUCACUGGCAAUGGGUGGGAUUAUAUGCAAGGUUAAUGCAUUGAGAUGGUAUCAAAGUUUGGGUAUGCUUUUUUCUUGAUUUCUGUGCCAUUUCUUAUUAUGACCAAGAUGCUUGUUGGCCUUUAAACUAUUGAACAAAAGUGUUUAGAAAAUUACAGUUCAGUUUUGCCCUAAGACAAAGGAAGCAUUCAGUAAAUGGUAGUUGUACUUAUUACUGGCUGUGUGCCUGUGUUCAUAUAUAUGUAUAAACUUUUCCCAAGUGUGCUUUUGAAUGUCCUGAACGGAUACAUGUACUAGCCUCUUUAAUUUUUUUCUUUGAUUUAGCAUGAGUGCUCUCUUCCUGAUGACCGUGCUGUUUGGUCUUGUAUGUGGGCAAGUAAUGUCUUUUUGCAUCCCAACCGAGUAUACAAUGUACGUCGAUAGGAGGGAGUGUGCUUAUUGCUUAACCGUCAACACCACCAUCUGUGCCGGGUAUUGCAUGACACGGGAUAUCAAUGGCAAGCUGUUUCUUCCCAAAUACGCGCUGUCCCAGGAUGUGUGCACAUACAGAGACUUCAUCUACAGAACUGUAGAAAUACCUGGAUGCCCACACCACGUUGCUCCUUAUUUCUCCUACCCCGUUGCUGUAAGCUGCAAGUGUGGCCAGUGUAACACUGACAACAGUGACUGUAUAUAUGAGGCCACCAAGACUAACUACUGCACCAAACCGCAGAAGUCCUAUCUGGUGGGAUUUUCUGUCUAACUGUAGUGACAAUAUCAUUUGCAAUUUGGUUAAAUAUAUUUACCUGGAAUAGAAUUAAUAAAAUAUCAUUGUUUCCCAGUAACUUGUGUACACUGGAGUGCGAUUUCAUCCAUACGCAUACCCACAAAGGCAUUAGAGCAUGUAAGAGGCUUUAGAAGAAAAUAUGAAAGAGCUUUUCACGAUUUUCACAUGAAAGAGCAGGCCACAGGUAAAAUGCAGAAAGAGACAUGAAAUGCUAGUAAAAGGCAGCCUUGAGUGGCUUCUUCUAACAGAGGGCCAGGAGCCUUGUAUCCACCCAGAAAUUGAAUGUGGGACUACUACAGAGUUGUGGGAAAAGGUAAUGUGGUCAGAAGCUGAAGGAACACAUGGCAUCCGGGUGCCAGACAUGCGUCUUCCAAAGGCUGGAAGUAGGACUGGAGUGGAGUUGGGGAGAAAGAACUGUGAAAUCUGCCAUAUAAUACUUUAUCCUAGUCAUUCACUGGAUAAAACUCCACCAAAAAGUCAGUAAAGACUAUGAAAACUAUUUUCUUUAAUUACUCUAGUGGGCUAAUUGAACUAUGCAAGUUAUAUCCCAAAAGGUCAAUUUACAAAGCCCAGAAAAGAGGCCAUGAUCAUUUUACAUGUGGACUUCUAAAUCCUUCAUAGUCCUUCAAGUAAUAGGAGACACUUUCCAGCAUUUAUACCAAAGGCAACUUGUGCUAUUUUGGUUUUUGAUAUCAUGAAACAUUAGCACAGUUAUGAAAGAUUUGAAGGACGGGGGAGAAUGCUGCGGGAUUGGAUGGAGUAGCCAUCUCAAUUCCAAUCUAACUCUUCAUCAAUACUGAGACACUCGGUUCUGCUGAACAUGCUGGGUAAAUGGCUAUUUUUAUUUACCUUCUUUACAUAUACUCCUUCUUAAGAGUUCGGCUUCAACAGCUGCUUGAAGUGAGACAGACCUAGUGCUCUAUAGACUUGGCCUCACAAAGACUAUUUAUCCUCUACUUGUCUGUUACUCGCCAUCCACACUGCCAACAUAAAAGUGAACGCUGAUUGUCAGCAGAGCCAUUUGACUUUGCUGUAUCCCACAGCUGCUGGUUAGUCAGCUGAGCAUCUUGCAAAUGCUCGCAUGGUGACAGUGCCCACAGCCAAGAGGGAGGUAGUACACAUAGAUUAGUAUCAAAUCAGUGCUUUGCCAAUGGGGAGAAAAUAGUUGUGCAUUGCAUACAAAACAGCCAGGAACCUGUAUUAUUUUUAUCUUAAUACUUGAAGUUAAUACUUGCAUGAUCUCCAAAUACUAAUCUGGGGCUUAGGGUUCUCUUAUCAGUUGAUAACAUGAACACUUAAAGCUGCGUAUCAUAUAGAACUUUAUCAAAUAUAGAUCUUUGAUUAAUGAGUAAAAAAGUCUACAUUUCAAACCUACCUGGCACUAACCACAAAUAAUUUUCAUGCAUUCUGAAAAUUUUUUCCCCAGGGACUUGAGGUUUAGGGGAGUCCUUUAUAAACAGUCCAGCUCUGAGAGAUUUUAAUUCCAUUCUUUUUUGUCUUUAUUUACUUAAAUAGGCUUCCUCAACCUGUAGGGAAGAGGCCAGGCUUCGACAUGGGGCCUCCUCGCUCUAGGGAAAUCCAACUGGAAUAGCACAUGUGAAUACUGUUAACUAUUCUUGAAAGUGGAGUUGUCUAAGACAGAAAAUCCUGAGGUCAGAGCUCAGGAAUUGGGUGACCAGCUACUUGCCUCAAGUGGAUCCAGACAUUUGGGGACAUGGGAGUGCUACUUUGAAGGGUCUUGGGUGUCCUUUAGGUUUCAGACAGGGACAAUGGAUACAGAGAGCUUAGAAAUGAGAAGAGGAAGAAGAAUCACUGCUGACAAAAUAGGAGAAAGAUGGAAACUGGAACUUCUGAAGUGACCUUCAAAUUCAAUUUAAAGUUUAAAGGAGUCAGUUAUUGGCAGAGGAAGUUUAAGACUCAGUGCUUCCAGGAAAAAGCUCUCUUUCUCACUGAACUAAAAAGAGUUUUUUAAACACACACACACACACGUAUGUAUAAACAUAGCUGGAUAAGUUUAGGGUCAGUGCAGCAGCAACCUCUUUUUCUCAUGGUCAAACCCUUUAGUGAAUGGGCCAGCAUGGAUGUACUGGAAGGUAGUAACAUGGUACUUCCUGGCAACAAGAAAUUCUAAUAAUAGAAUUUUAUAUAAGAAAUUGUUUUCUUUGUUUAAGAGACCCAAGUCUGAGUCUAAACGCCACAAAAAUUCUUUUAUCAAGGUAAUAGCCAUUCUAACUCCAUUGCUUGAUGUUGUGUUUUUCUCCACCCUCUUUUAAGUCCUACAUAUUUUCCUUAUUCUUUUAAGACAAUUCUGUCUUACUCUCUUUACUUCUGCUAUCCUCCUGCUACCUUCUCGCUCUGUCUACUUAGUGCCUAUGUCCUUUCUUCUGUUUCAUGUUGAUUUUCCUUGGGAGUUUUUGGCACACCUGGUUUCCAUUCAAGUGGUGUGAGUGGGGCUCUUGGGGUGGACAUGUAUGCAGGCUCUAUCAAGCUUUACUAGUUAAUGACCUGAUCCCUUCCAACAGAAAUCAAUCCUAGAACGUUUAACUGUAGGAAAGAGGAGUGCUUGGCUUGUUGGAGUUCCUGAGUCUGUAGAAUGUGAGUUUGGAUCCACUUCUGGCCAUCUUUGGCAUCUCUUGCAAAUGGCCAUCUUGAGAAAAAAAAAAAGAGCCAAACUAGAAGACACCAAGAGAGACUGAGGAGAGGUAGACCUACUGAUAUCACUGGGGCCUCAUCUGAAGCCAGCCUGAUCCUCAAAGAAACCUCCACUUUUUUUUUCUGACACACCUGAAAAAUCCUAACAAAUUCAGCAUCUUUACCACUAGAUUCAGAAGAUAUUCCUGAUUCCACCCUUCAUCUCCUCCAGAAGGUACUCAUGUAUCUUUCUCUACUUCCUCUUUCUUGACCUUCUCAGUAUGAAGCAUCCUUCCAUCUCUUUCCAUCCUAAAAAGAAAAACAAAACAACCAAAAAACCCAAAAGCAAACAACCCUCUUUUAACCCUGUGCAAACUUCUAGUUAUUUUUCCCAUCACUCCUUGUGUUCUUAUUCCACGUUUAUUUUUGUGAAGAAACCCAUUAUACCAGCUAUCCUCAUUUCUCUUUUCAGUCCACUACAAUUUGGCUUUCACUCCUAACUUCCCUUGAAACUAUUACAGUAUGGGAAACAAUGGGAGCUAGUGGUCCAAUAUACAAGGCACCUCUUGCCUUGACCUCUCUGCUUCCCAAGGGUCUCCCAGAAGUGAAGGCCACAUAUCUGCAUGCACAACGCAGUAGUCAUGAAUUUAUAAUUAGUCCUAAUGAGGAUGAAAUCAACCUUUUCUCAUUUUCUUCAUGCUUUUUCUUUCUACCCUUCUCCAAAAUGACUCGAAAUCUAUGCCAUGGUCUUCAGCUGGCAAUGGUAAGAAAGGUCUGGACUGUAUUUUUCUGGGUGGUUUUGCUUGAUUCUGUAAAGUGAAGAUUCCAAACUUUGAAAGAAGGUCUAGAGUUUUAAUAGUUUUAUUUGUCUUACUGACCCUUGGUCACUAAAUACAGAACAUCUAAAAAAAGUUGAGUUGGUAUUAAUUUGACCUCAGGUGUUCUAGGAAUUACACUCAUUUCAGUAAUCUGCAGAUGGUUUCACCCUUAAAGAAAUCAUAACUUUCCUUUUCUGCUUAAGGAGUUAAGAAAUGGAAAGUUCUGAAGGAAUGCAGGCAGCUAAGCGAGACUUUCUGAGGGCAAGAAACAGAUGGGAGUAAAUAAUUGUGAGCUUUGAACUUGCUAUCACAGAGGGUUCCAAGUUUUUAAACUUGAAUUUCUCAGUGGAGAUUUAAUCAUGAGAGGUAGUGUAUCUUGUUGGAGCUGGGCGCUAUCACUUUUAUGUGGAAGAUUUCUGAGUUAGUUUUAAUCCAGAUUCUUUCCUGAGCUUCAGGGCCAUGUAUCCAAUAUCUAUUUACACUUCCUCUUGGACAUCCUGUAGCCAUCUGCUACUCACAUCUUCAUUUCCUCCUGGGUGUCAUUCUGUCCCAGCUCCCAAGUCAGAACUUGCACAACCUGGCAAUUAGUCCAGGUUCCUCCUUAGCUCAUCCAUCAUAUCUAACUUCUCUCAUAGGCUUUCUAUUACUUCAGUUAGAAAUCCUUAGGACCCUGGUCUUUGCCAUGUAUUCGUUCCUCACACUGAAGCUGAGUGAUCUUUAAAAGUUUCAAUAGCUGAGUAAAAAUUUUUCUUUGAAACUCACUGUUUAAAAAUGUCCCCGUGACCUCAGGACAAAGAUAAGACUUCUAAAUACACUUUUACAAGGCCCUUUAUCUCAAUAGCUCAUGACAGGCCCUCCUUGAAUGAAUUAAUGCUGUCUCUGUUUGGGGGUCUUCUUGCAGGCUUGCCCCAGAAAUCUCCUUUUCUUCCUCUACCUCUACCACUUUUUGACUAGGCUAAUUUGUAAGGGUUCUUCUGGAUUCAGUUUAGACACACUAACAUUGAAGGAACCGCUCUCCUUUGCCACUUUCCCCAUGUUCAAAAAGUUAUCACAGAAUUCAUCUCACUGUAACACACCAGAAAAGACUGCUUUUCCUCAAUGUAACCUUGUCUUGGCCACAUUAGCAUAUCAGUAUUCUCAUAAAGACUUUUCUCAGCAUGGGCACCAGUGGCUCCUGCCUGUAAUUCCAGCUCCUAGGGAGGCAGAGAUCAGGAGGAUCAUGGUUCGAGGCCACUGUGGACAAAAAGCA